CCGGAAGCAGCAGCGGCGGGGAGAAUGGAAGGACUUGUCCUCCAGGUGAAGCAGUUGCCGGCCGCGUUGUCGACCGAUGCAAUUGAAACACUGCUCAAGCAUGUCGGCGCGACGCGUAUCCGAGUACUCGCAAACAAGACCCAGAAAUCCAAGACUGCUCUCGCUGUGUUCCUCGACAACACCACACGCAUGAGCGCACUUGCUCGAUUGAACACGAUGCGCUUGUCGGAUCAUGACAUUUUUGCCAAAGUCUACGAUGUCACCGACGGUCCAGAGCUCGAGGCGGCCCGUCCUUCACCAGACAUCGCUUCAACUAAACCACUUCACAACAUCCCACCCACCACAGGUCCUGCAUCAGCAGAACCAGCCGCAAUCUUUCCACCACUCCCUCGAGACCCUCCUCCUCCUCCUACGAUCACAUGUGCAUGGCGUCAUCCUGCACCACUGGCACCCCAUUUAGGGCUGCACUUUCCUCCAUCGCCACUGCUAGAGUACAAAUAUCCCAAGGCAAGUCCAGACGUCGUUCUCAACAUUGCGAACGCUCUCAUGGCUCUACCCACGUUUUACACGCAAGUGCUGCACUUAAUGAACAAGAUGAACUUACCGCCGCCAUUUGAACCAAACGCGAUUCCAGGUCACUUUGCGUCAUUCGUGGCCAACGACACGAGAAAGCAAAAGCGGGACAUGGUAUUCGUCGAAGAACAAGACGACGACGACGAUGCUGAUCUUGCUGCAAGGAACCUCUCCACCAAGCGGAUUCGAGUCGUUCCGCCAUUACCGCCGCCAACGCCUCCAGCCAACCCGCCAUCGCCCCAUUCGACUCCAUCAUCCAACGGUGCAAUCCGUCGGCCAGAGCCUCCAACGCUCUCUGAGCCGACACCGCCUCGUACGAACGCAGUGGUUGCGGUUCCACUCAAGUUAGCUCCUCCGAAAUCACGGAAACCGGAAGCGAUGGCAAAUAUCUUCGAGGACGUAGCUGUCGCCGCCACCACCAAGGUGAUGCCACGGCCGGGUGUCAUCUCGGAAGCGGAGCUGGCGCGCACACGGCUGUCGGCGGAAGAGCUGGCACAGCACAAACACAUGCAAAACUACCAGGUGGGCGAGCCAUCGCAUGUGCUUUACGUCAAGAAUAUUGCCGCGUCCGUGGAUGUGUCUGACUUGACGUACAUCUUUGGCAGCGUUUUCGAGUCGGACCAAGCUAUGGCAGCGUUGUCCAUUCGACUGUUCACGGAAGGGCGACUCAAAGGCCAGGCAUUUGUCGCCUUCCCGUCGAUCGAGCUCGCUGUGUUGGCGCAAAGUCUCGUGCACGGGGUGGUGCUGGACGAGAAGCCGCUCAUUGUGUGCUUUCGUAAGCAGCCCACACAACAUCCACCGCUUCCACCGCCCGCUGCACCAAUCGCCAGCGCACCUGUGAUCGCUGCAAUAGCCGAUGGCGACGUCUCCUCAACCAACAACACCACCGCAUGACCAGCCCCAUGCCAACCACGGAUGGCUUACCUGCCAUUCCUUUCACUGAUAGCAUCGCGUACUUACCUUCCCCAACCGUCGCUUGACUCACAUCACCCGUCCCGCCACCGACGCCUUCCAACAUGGAACAUCAUGCAGUAACGUCGUGAAAAUAAAACGAAGUUCGAAGGGAAAA